AUGUACACAACAACAGUCAAGCUCGGAUCUCCACCAAGGGAAUAUAUUGUGCUGAUUGAUACUGGAAGCGACCUUCUCUGGGUUAGUUGCAAUCAUUGUGAUAAUUGCCCUCGAUCUAAUGGAGUUGGGUUUAAAUUCAAUUUCUUUGACACGAUAGAUUCAUCCACGGCUGCGAUGAUUUAUUGCUCGGACCGUCUAUGCCCUUUCGGGGUUCAAGGUGUGGAUGUUCGAUGCCUUCCUUCUGUUAAACAGUGCACAUACACCUAUGGGUAUCAAGAUAAUAGUACUACCUCAGGUGUUUAUGUCACUGAUGAAAUGCAUUUUGACAUGAUCCUCGGGCAGCCCUCUCCUUCAAGUGUUAACUCUUCAGCCACUGUCUCUUUUGGGUGAGAAACUGUUAUGCUUAUUUAUUUUGGACAAUUAUAAAUUUGUGUGUAUGUUGGA